CCACUGUGCAAUGCAACAAGGGGAACAACUUUAACAGGGGCAGAUAACUUAGAGGAUGGGCUAAGACUUUUCCCUAUUUAUGAUGAUCAAACGGAAAGUCCCAUGAGGCAAAAACGUCAGGCAAUGUCAUACGUAGGAACCCACACUGUUUGCCGAUUGGUCGUUGUUGCCGAUUAUUAUUUCUUCCAAAAUCUUGGACAGAGUGAUCGAAGAACAACAGGAGAAUAUAUUAUUGGAAUAAUUGGCAGAUUAAAUGCAAUUUAUAAGGUAACGUACUGGCCAGAUUCAAACUCAAACAUCAGGAAUCUUGGAUUUGAAAUUGCAGAGCUGAUUGUGCACGACUCCUACACAUAUGUUCCUCUCCAAGGCCGCCAUUACAACAUGAGGAACUCG